ACUGUUCAAAGAACCCCCAAAGCCUCUGGGAUCGUUCCGUUAUUUUUCUCAUAUCGAUGACGGAGGAGACGAAUGGACUCCGGCGACCACCGCUGUCGUCUUCGGCGGAACCAACGCCGGCCGAGUACACAGGAAAACGAGGGCCACCAUUUCUCGAAUUCAUUGCAAUCAUGAUGUGGCUUGGCACUCUUCAUUUUCUCGCUUUUCUCGUCGUGGCUUCCUUCGUAUUGCUUCCUCUUUCCAAUUUCCUCAUGGUUAUUGCAAUGCUUCUGGUGCUUACAUUCAUCCCCAUUAACGACAACUGUAAAUGGGGCUUAGCCUUAGCCAGGUUCAUAUUCAAGCAUGUUGGUGGUUAUUUUCCCGCUACUAUAUACGUCGAGGAUAUCAAAGCUUUCGAUCCUGAUAGGGCUUAUGUUUUUGGGUUUGAACCACAUUCAGUUUGGCCUAUGGGAGCUGGAAUACUUGCAAAUCUUACUUCUUUCAUGCCUAUUAAAAAAGUCAAGAUCCUUGCAAGUAGUGCUGUGUUUCGUACCCCUUUGAUAAGACAUUUAUGGACAUGGCUGAAAGUGUCAUCAGUAACAAAGAAAAACUUCAUCUCUCUUUUGAAAAAUGGGUUUAGUUGCAUAGUGAUCCCAGGUGGAGUACAAGAGACAUUUUUUAUGAAGCAUGAUUAUGAGGUUGCGUUUCUAAAGACAAGGAAAGGAUUCAUACGCCUUGCAAUGGAAAACGAUGCUCCUGUGGUUCCUGUUUUUGCCUUUGGCCAGUCGUAUGUUUACAAGUGGGCGAAGCCACAAGGGAAAUUCUUCUUAAAACUCUCUCGAGCCAUUAAGUUCACGCCUAUGAUCUUCUGGGGGGCAUUCUGGUCUUUCGUACCCUUUCGGAGACCAAUGCUUAUGGUGAUUGGAAAACCAAUCCAUUUCAAGAAAAAUACUACACCCUCCGUGGAAGAGGUUUCGGUCGUACAUGGUCAGUUUUUGGAAGCACUUCAAAGUCUAUUCGACAGGCAUAAAGAACGAGCUGGUUAUCCUAAUCUUGAGCUACAAAUAAUAUGA